AUGGUUACAUGCUCCUCAAUCUUACAGGUGAAUCUAGUGAUGUCCAUCCUGCUGUAUGUGAUGGUCCUCGUGUACCUCUAUGGUAUCCAGGCAACCAACAUGGACAGCAGUCGCCAGGGGCAGCAGCAGCCAAGUCCAGACCCCUUAAACUCUCUUAUCAUCCAGCUGCUUCAGGCAGACCUGACGAGGGGAAAGACCAGAGGGAACCAGAGCCAACAGGGGAAAAGCAGGGACACUGAGCCCCAGGACACGCUGCCUCCUCUCCUCAGUGCAAACUUUCCUUUAGAGGAGCAGGGCGACCAGGUGAUGCUGUUGAACUCGGACCUACUCAGGCAGCACAAGCGGUAUAACUCACAUCGAGUGCUGCUGAGUGACCGGCCACCACUGCAGCCGCCCCCGCUUUACCUCGCAGAUGAUUUUGUGAGCGGCGGACCGGACGGUAGUGCGGCGGGAAACAAGACGAGAAAGAAGCGCUACGCUGAGCACAAGAGUUAUCGUGGGGAAUAUUCUGUGUGUGACAGCGAGAGCCAUUGGGUGACGGAGAAAACCCAAGCGGUGGACACCAGGGGGAACGCCGUCACUGUUCUGGCCAAAAUUAGAACCAGUGCCACACAGGACAUCAAACAGUACUUUUAUGAGACACGCUGUCGGUCCCCCAAGCCCUUCAAGGGUGGCUGCAGGGGCAUCGACGACAAGAACUGGAACUCGCAGUGUAAGACGACGCAGACGUACGUUCGAGCGCUGACGCAGAUUCGCAAUAUAGUGGCCUGGAGGUGGAUACGCAUAGACACUUCCUGCGUCUGCGCGUUGUCGAGGAAACGUCAUAGGACGUAA